CGUCUGAAGCAUUGAGCGUCCUGGACAGUCUAUGAAUACUAGUCAUUCAGCCUCUCGCUCUUCCUCGCGGACCAAGUCCUCGAAGAGUCUCAGGCACCAUUCUGGACACGAGCAGCAUCCGGUGCGCGGGGGUCUACAUCGUGGCCUAUCUGCCCGCCAAGUACAAAUGAUCGCAAUAGCUGGUACGAUUGGAACUGGACUCUUCCUAGGAACUGGAAGAUCUCUUGCCCAAGGUGGUCCUGCGAGCAUGUUGAUUUGCUAUGGCAUAGUGGGAUUCAUUGUAUAUGUCACGCUGUUGCUACUGGGAGAGAUGGCUACACAGUACCCAGUGGCCGGGUCCUUUAACGCCUAUGCGACGCGCUUUUUCUCGCCAUCCUAUGGUUUCGCGCUGUCAUGGAACUAUUGGUUCAAUGAUGCAGUGUCUGUCGCCUCUGAUCUUACUGCUGCGCAGCUGGUGUUACAAUACUGGACAACAUCCAAUCCUUGGGUAGUCAGCCUUCUCUUUUGGGUGUUUCUUGUAUCGAUCAAUUCCUUCCAUGUCAAGGCUUAUGGAGAAUUGGAAUAUUGGCUUUCAUUCCUGAAGGUUGCCACUAUUGUGGUUUUCAUCAUCGUUGGCAUACUGGUCAAUGUCGGCGUUAACCAGUCGCAUACUUACAUCGGAACCCACAACUGGCAUAUUCCUGGCGCUCCAUUUGUUGGUGGCUUUGGUGGUUUCGCCAAGGUUUUCGUGACAGCUAGUUUCGCAUACGGUGGAACAGAAAGUCUAGGUAUCACCGCAGGAGAGACGGAGAACCCCUCGCGAAACAUGCCAAAGGUUGUUAAGUUUGUGUUCUGGAGGCAAGCGAAAUAUUCCCAUUUCUAUACGCUAUUGAUGAUUCUGUUGUUUUAUGUUAUAAGCAUCCUGCUUAUUGGCCUGAAUGUGCCAUGGGAUUACCCAAAUUUAUCGAAUAAAACGACCACUACAUCCCCUUUUACGAUUGUAUUUACUCAAGCUGGUUCAACUGUAGCUGCAUCAUUUAUGAACACUGUCAUCCUUACCUCUGUAUUAUCUGCCGGUAACCACGCCCUUUUUGCGGGCACAAGAGUUCUGUAUGGCCUAUCUGUUGUUAAUCCCAACCCGCACGCACCGCGUAUAUUUUCUCGAACCACUCAAGGAGGCGUUCCCCUGUUCGCACUGCUUGCAACAAGUAGCGUUAGCGUACUCUGUUUAGGCAGCAGUUAUAUCGGCAGCGGCCGGCUGUGGGGAUGGCUGCAAACCAUUGUUGGGGUUUCAAACCAGAUUGCCUGGUUAUCAAUCGGAUUGGCCAGUUGGAGAUUCAGGAAAGCCUGGAUCAGACAGGGUCGAUCUGUAGACGAAAUGAAGUUUCGAGCAUCCUGGACCUGGCCAUGGGGUCCUUAUUUUGUUGUAUGUGUAUUAAUUUUGCUAGCUACUUCUCCCCUAACCCAUGCGACUUCCCAGAUUAUCACAGUGAUCGCCCUCAUUUUGAUCCAAGGAUGGUCCUCCGUAUUCCCCACAUUCUCACCAGUAGAUUUUGUCUCCUACUACAUCGAGAUACCCAUCAUGGUUAUCAUGUGCCUUUCCUGGGUCAUUGUUAAGAACACUUUCGUAGACUCUAUACCAGCUCCAGGCAACGCCUCCCCGGAUCCCCCUAAUGAGACGACCUCUCUGAUACCCCAUGACGCUGGAGCUCCGAAACCCCAUCACAGGUGGACGUUCGACAUUGUGGAUAUUCAAGAGAUCAAUUUGUAUAGCGACGAGUAUGCUGAUGAACCCUUGGUUGAAGCGAAUGAUGAAACAAGGGUGAAGAGGUUCCGGUUUUUCUGGAGGUUGUAUUAUAUGCUGGCUUAGGUCUCGCGUGUAUCAUUUACAUUGCGUAUACCAUCUCCAGCACAUACUAUAUUCCAUAGUUGCAUUUACCUGACAUAUUAUCUUACGAUGUAUAAGAAGUUCAUGUGUGUGAUACGUCC